ACCUCGGGCUUCAGAGCCCCACAGACAGGAACAUUCUGGCCAUCCUUCCCAGAGUGACUCCCUGCCUGCCUGGUGGGAGAAGGGGGCUGUAAGGGAUCCAGCUUGCCUUCGGGCGCCUGCAGCCAGCUGCCAUGGCGUCUCGCAUCGGCCUUCGAAUGCAGCUCAUGAGGGAGCAGGCUCAGCAGGAGGAGCAGCGGGAGCGGAUGCAGCAACAGGCUGUGAUGCAUUACAUGCAGCAGCAGCAACAGCAGCAGCAGCAGCAGCUGCCGGGGCCCCCCACCCCAGCCAUCAACACGCCAGUCCAUUUCCAGUCGCCACCUCCCGUGCCAGGAGAGGUCCUGAAGGUGCAGUCGUACCUGGAGAACCCCACCUCCUACCAUCUGCAACAGUCACGAGACCAGAAGGUGCGGGAGUACUUGUCCGAGACCUAUGGGAACAAGUUUGCUGCCCACAUCAGCCCUGCCCAGAGCUCCCCAAAGCCGCCUCCAGCUGCUUCCCCUGGCGUCCGGGCCAGCCAUGUGCUCUCUUCCUCUGCAGGCAAUAGCGCCCCCAACAGCCCUAUGGCUAUGCUGAAUAUCGGCUCCAAUCCAGAGAGAGAGGAGAAGAUGCCAAGGACAUACAACUUACAUACGCCAUUUUCCUUCCAGCUCGAUGAUGUUAUUGAUAAUAUCAUGCGCUUGGAUGACGUCCUGGGAUACAUCAAUCCGGAGAUUCAGAUGCCCAACACGCUGCCUCUGUCUAGCAGCCACCUGACAGUGUACAGUGGAGACCCCCAGGUCACGGCCUCCCUUGUAGGUGUCACUAGCAGCUCCUGCCCUGCUGACUUGGCCCAGAAGAGAGAGCUCACAGAUGCUGAGAGCCGGGCCUUGGCCAAGGAGCGACAGAAGAAAGACAAUCACAACCUUAUUGAAAGAAGACGAAGAUUCAACAUCAAUGACCGAAUCAAAGAGCUGGGCAUGCUGAUUCCCAAGGCCAAUGACCUGGACGUACGCUGGAACAAGGGGACUAUCCUGAAGGCCUCGGUGGAUUACAUCCGUCGGAUGCAGAAGGAUCUGCAGAAAUCCAGGGACCUGGAGAACCACUCUCGGCGCCUGGAGAUGACAAACAAGCAGCUGUGGCUUCGCAUUCAGGAGCUGGAGAUGCAGGCCCGAGUCCAUGGCUUACCCACAGCUUCCCCAUCUGGUGUUAACAUGGCUGAAUUGGCCCAGCAGGUGGUGAAACAAGAGCUCCCCAGUGAGGACGGCCUGGGGGAGCCCUUGCUCCCCACUGCUGAGCUCCCUGACCAAGAGCCUUCUCUGACCUUGCCUCCUCAACCACCACCGCCACCCCCGCCACUACCACCGCAGUCUCCAUACCAAGUGGACUUCAGCCAAAACUUGAGUUUCGGUGGGGGUGAGGGGCCCCAGGGUUUCCCUGACCCCCUGGGGCCCGAGCAUGGCUCCCUCUUCCCCUCCCUGUCCAAGAAGGAGCUGGACCAUCUGAUGCUUCUGGAUGACACCAUGUUGCCCUUGGCCUCUGACCCCCUCUUCUCCAGCAUGUCACCUGAGGCCUCCAAGGCCAGCAGCCGGCGUAGCAGCUUCAGCAUGGAGGAAGGGGACAUGCUGUGACCCCAGCCACCCCCCUCCCACCCCCCAGAGCUGGGGAGGAGGGACAAGCCCUGGGGGGUUGGGAGUUAGGGAUGUGUGAAGGGGAGUCCUCCCUUCCUCUCACCUCCCUCCAAUCUGCACUCGUGUGUGAUUAGCAACCUGUGUGGACACUGGCUCCCCCACUCCUUGCUCCCCCACUCUUCCGAACCCUGUGCUCCCAACUCUAGGCCUCCCAGCCCAGCCAGGCCCCUGACAUGCAGGACGUGCUUCAAGGGACUGGGAGCUGGAGCUCUCACGGGGUGCCGGAUAUCUCAUGGGGCGCCAGCCUGGCCCCUAGAACCCCAUAGUUCCCCAUAGCACUCUUCCCCUCCCAUUCCCCCUCUCUGGGGAAUGGAGUAGGCCAGAGUGGGCGGGAGUUGCCCUUGCACAGAGACCUGAAGGGCUAGCCCUGAGGUCUGAGAUCAGCUUAGAUGGGGUGGGGUGUCUAGUGUGGGAGAAGAGGCCCAGCCAUGCUAGGUGGCGGCCUACCAGGAGUUCUAAAGGGGCUUACAGCUCCUACCCUGGCCCCUUCCCCCCAACCAGGCUGUAAGGAGAAUGUGCAUAUGUAGAGGGAGAAGAGCAGAAGCAUCUCCUGGGAGGGUCUUCUGUUCCCCACCCUUAGUCCCCACCGAUGGUUCAGCAAUGCCCUGGUUCCGUGGAGAUCAGUAUCUUGAGACCCCCCCACAGAGAGGGACCGGAGCCCAGUGCUCCCCUCACCUCUUGCCACAGACCUGGAGUGGCCCCCCACUUUGGUGCUAACUGCCUCCUUUCCCAGGACCUUGUGAGGGCGGGGCCGCAGAGGAGACCAGUAGUUGCUCCUCUGCAGGGGCAGCUCCUUAAUGGGGGCUGGUACCAGGGCAGGGGGUGGGAUUGGG